AUGGCCUCGUUGCAGAGAAGCCUUGGUGUUCUUCAAAAGACUCACUUUUUAGUGCCCUCAAGGAAAAUCAGUUGGACAAAAAGACUCCAGGAAAUUUUGAAUGCAGAAUAUUCAAUAGAUGAGCUGAAAAAUGUGUUCAAGAAAAGGAUAUUAUAUGCUAAAUGUGAGGAUCAAAAGUUCCGUCCUGACCGACACAAAAUUCUUGGGCCUGAGCUAGCUGUUUCUCAUUUCCUUCUGGCCAGGGGAGGCACUGUCAAAUUUGAGAAUGAUGACAAAUGGUACCAUAAAGAGAAGAACAAAAUUUUUCUUCCUCGACAUAAAGUAAACGGUCUCUUUGUUGAGGCAAUAUGUGCAGAUAACACAGAACUCAUGUAUGAAGGACUGGAAAAUUUUGUUGGCUUGAAAAGUGUGCGAUAUUUAAGUCUGAAGAACUGUGCUUAUAUUGAUGAUUUUUGUCUUGAUCGAUUGCACAUCAUGGCAGAUACAUUAGAGUUUCUGGAUCUAAGUGGAUGUACCAACAUUACAGAAAGAGGACUUGCUACUUUACAUAAACUGGGUAAACUUGAGGCUCUCAUUUUACGGGAUAUAAAAACUACACCAGCCAUAGAAUUAGUCACACUUAUGCUGCAGGAUGUCCUUCCAGAAUGCCAUGUCCUUCUUCCUACAGUGAUGAAAGAAAAAUCAACAGAGGUUAUUGCAGCAACAUAA